AGCGGCUGCGCCGUGCGGGACCGGGGACCGGCGAGUGCCGCGUCAGGGCCGCGGGGAUCUGCCCUCCCCGUUUUCCCCGGGCUUGCUUCGCUUCUUCCUUUCUUCCCACCCCACGAAGGAGAGGCCGGUGCGCUCGCCGGGGAUUCGGUCAUGUUCUGAGGGAGGCCUCCGAGACUCGGCUUGGAUCCGGGUGUUGCAAGUGUACGUGAAGAAAUUGCCCUCAUCUUCCUCCUCCUCGCAUCCCCCCGUGAGCUCCCGGUAAGAACCAUGGCAAGCCCAAGAACAAGGAAAGUUCUCAAGGAAGUCCGAGCACAAGAUGAGAACAAUGUCUGUUUUGAAUGUGGUGCAUUUAACCCCCAGUGGGUGAGUGUGACCUAUGGAAUUUGGAUCUGCCUGGAGUGCUCAGGAAAACACCGAGGGCUGGGAGUUCACCUCAGUUUUGUACGUUCUGUAACCAUGGACAAAUGGAAGGAUAUUGAGCUGGAGAAAAUGAAGGCUGGAGGUAACAGCAAAUUUCGACAGUUCUUGGAGUCUCAGGAUGAUUAUGAUCCCUGCUGGACAAUGCAAGAGAAGUACAACAGCAAAGCUGCAGCUCUUUUCAGAGAUCAGGUAGCUACAGUAGCUGAAGGUAAAGAGUGGUCCAUUGAAACUUCUCCUGCCAGGAACUGGACCCCACCUCAGCCUAAAAUGUGUGUCUCUUCCACUCAUCGGAGUACUGCUGGACAAUCUCAGACUGCAACUGCCUCUUCUGACAAGGCUUUUGAAGACUGGUUAAAUGAUGAUGUCAGCUCCUACCAAGGUGGCCAAGAGAAUCGCUACGUGGGGUUUGGAAACACAGUGAACCCUCCCAAAAAAGAGGAUGACUUCCUGAAUAAUGCCAUGUCUUCAUUGUACUCGGGAUGGAGCAGUUUUACAACUGGAGCAAGCAAAAUUGCCUCAGCUGCCAAAGAAGGUGCUACCAGAUUUGGAUCUCAAGCAAGUCAAAAGGCAUCAGAGUUAGGUCAGACAUUAAAUGAAAAUGUUCUCAAACCUGCACAGGAAAAGGUGAAAGAGGGGAAAAUAUUUGAGGAGGUCACCGUGGGGGUAUCCCAGUUGGCCAGCAAGGUUCAGGGAGUUGGAAGUAAAGGAUGGCGAGACGUCACCACUUUCUUUUCUGGCAAACCAGAUGAUAACUCUGAAAGACCAGCUGAGGGAGACAGCUACCAGAACAGUGGAGGGGAGGGCUACCAGAACAAUGCUGUAGAUCAAAGCUUCUGGGAGACCUUUGGCAACUCGGAUCCACCAAAAGCUCAUAAAUCUCCAAGCAGUGAGAGCUGGACCUAUGUGGACAAUUCCACAGAGAAGAAGAGCUCCGAUAGCUGGGACGUGUGGGGCUCAGGAACAGUCUCCAACAACAAGAACAGUAACAGCGACAGUUGGGAAAACUGGGAGACCAACUGGGAGAACACAGGAGGGGAGAGCAAGACCAAAAAACCUCCCAAGGCAACAAAAAAGGCUUCUUCAGCUGAUGAUGGGUGGGAUAACCAGAACUGGUAAAACGUGGUGAACCCUGUUUUGCACAGCUAGGGGAGAGAGGCUAUACUGGCUGAUGGAGAACGUUUUACACACAACUGGAGUAUCUUGGUUGACCUUCUCAAUCUGUUUUUUUUUGUGCUUCCCAUUCAUUCUCUUUUCAUCUAUCCUGGUUUAGGAAAAAAAUAAGUAGCACCUGAGUCUUUUUAUUACAUAGAGGUGGCUCUCCCUUUGUUAUUGAGGAUAGUGAGAACUCUUCUCCUUGCACUAUUGAGGCUGUGGACAGUGGCUUUCUUAAGGUGGAUGUCUGAAGGAAAACCAAGUCAGUGCACUUUCCUGCAACAGCCUUGCAUGUCUAGGUUAGUAAGUGUUCAUCCAGAAUCCUCAUACAAUUUGAGAUGACCUGAGGUGUUUAAUGCAAGCAAAGGACAGGGUGUGUCUAGGAAAGACAGACAUUAAACAAGCAAGGGAGCUGAACACAUCUAGUUUCGAUGCCUUAUGGAUUGCUCUGACCAUGUGAAGUCUGGCAGUUCAAGAUGCUCUUUAACAUACUUUUUAAUGGAGCUUUGGUUUUAAACUUUAUGAUGUUUUCUUUGUCUUUAGCCUUUUAAAACUUAUUUCCUCCCCUUAGUAUGAAAGAGUAACCCAGAGGUAGAUGGUUAUUAGUAUAAACUCAUAGUUUUGACCCGACCUAUCAAGGAAUAUCCAGAGUGGUUCUACUUGACAUUCUUGCUCGAUGCAUUGAGAGUUUGCACAGUGCAGCUCCCUUACACAGAUAAAAUGCCAAACUGUGAUCUUCUUCCUUACCUACACUCUUUCCCAGUUUGAGGGCUUUACCAUAGUCUGGUUUUUUAAUGUCUCUUUUCCUUCUUCUACACAUCUAUUUUAUCUGUUCUGAUACAAGUGAAACCUUUCUGCUGCCCGUGGCCCUUUGGACAUUUGUGUGGCAAUUUUUGGCAGUGAAACAACUUUAUACAAAAAGAUUCCAGUAAGAAAACAUGGGUGGAAAAGAUGAGAACACCGAGGAGAGAGGCUGGCAGCAAACCUCUGUCAAGAUGAGUAGAUGGCUGGAUUUAAUAGUAAAACUUAAGCAGAUGUUUUCCAAGUGUGUCCAACUGCAUCUCUGCUUCCAUCCUGUGUUUCUCCAUGUUUUUCUUCCUGGAUCCUGUUAAAGAAACACCAUGUAAAAUAAAAAAACCCUUAGAAGCUCUUUUUCAGCAUUAAGGAAUGGAAUAGAAGACUCAGUGAUGUCUUAGUUCUGCCCCAGCGUAUUGCUUUGUGUUGCAAUUUCUACAGAGGAACUGUGACUUUAACAACAAGGGUGUCCUGUGCAUCCCACUUUAUUUUGGGAGUGUGUUGUAAAUAUACACUGAACCCCAAACCAGUCAGCUCACUUCACAGCAUCAUGAUUUGCUGUCUGCUUUACUGCCAGCAUGGAGUUCUGUACUGGGGACUCUGCACAACUUAAUACAUACCUAAAAAGGCUUUAAAACGAGUUACUUUGUUCAAGCAAACGCCCAGCCCAAGUUGUUGCAAUUACAGGGAGGUUUUUGAGCUUACAGUAAUACCAAGAGGUUAAAAAGGAAGGAAAAGCAGGAAUCACCUCAAAAGCAGCAGAUUUUAAAGGCUUAGGUGUAAGUAGCAGUGCCUCUAGAGCCUGGUUCUGUAUUUCUACUGAUAGAGUCUUUCAGACAGUGAACAACAGUUUUUUGUAGUCUUCUCUAGCCCUGCCCCACGAGACUUGGGCUUUCUUUUCCUUUGUUGCUUCUCCUGCUGGUGUGGUCUCUGAAGCUGGAGCAGCAGCUGGCUCCUUGCUGCUGACAGGCUGCCCCUUUGCAAGUGCUGAAGGCAUCAGAGAUCUGUCCUUCCCAUGCAGUUUGUGGUGCCACUGCCAGACCUUUGCAGCCUGACCAUAAACCACGGAUUCACUUCUGCCUUUCUUUUCUCCAGUUCCAGACAUUGCUUUGCCAGAGCUGAAUUGCAUGUCAGACUUGGUAAUUCCGUGUUUGGCUGCACACACCUCUGUUGCCUCCUUGUCCUUCGCCUGCAUGCCUCUGGGAAGGGGUGGCAGUGGCUGCAGUGGUGCUGCCUGACCCUCCGCUGAUGGUUCCUCUUUGUCAAGCCUUGCAGUGAUGGUGAUGGCCAAAUGCAGCCCAUGGGCUGCACUAUCUGGCUACUGCUGUCUGUCUGGAGUGGUGUGAAGCUGAUCCAGCUUCCCCUGUGUAACUCUAUUACAGUUUCUCUUUCAUAAACCUCCUGAAAUAGCUCAUGGCAGGGUAAGCUUGCUUUUAGUCCAUUCAGAGAGUGGUGUGGAUGCAGAUGUUCUCCUCAGCUCUGUGGUUUGUCUCAGAGAAAACCGCUUUAUUUCUCCAUCACUUGCAGCUACAAUUGACAUGAGCCAUUUUUUUUUCCUUCUUCUGGUUUUAUUUUUGCAUCUCUUUAAAUUCAACAGCCAGAGCCCUGCUCAGGCAGAAGCUUUGGACAAAGGUUUCUCUUCUCUUUGAGGAUGCUGUGAGAGAACAGUUCCCCCUGUCUCUUUCCAUGGUGCUGUAGAGAGGCAACAAAACACUACAUCUCCCAGGAAGGUGUUAAUGAAAGAUAUCAAAAGAGUAGCAAAUAAGUACAGCCACAAAACCAGUACAGCAACUGGGCUCAAUUUGCCAGGAAAAUGGGCAUUUUUUACUGACUUGUCUGAACCUGAGUGUUUUACCACGUCUUCCAGAGGAGAGGAUUUUACUCAGUGUAGAUGGCUGGGAAGCUUCUGCAGUGUGGUGGAGUGCAUGCAGCCAAGGGGCAUGCAUAGAGGGGGUGUUUGUGAGUUAGACUUUGGGGGUUUUUAUCUCCUCUCCUGUCCCCAAAUCCUAUUAUUUUGGCCUGGUUGUGAGCACUGUGCCCAGAGGUGUUGAGUGCAGCCUGAGGGAGCUGAGACCACUGCACUAAGCAAAGAUGCAGCUGUUGAGUCUACGUGAGCCUGUGCCUUGGCAAAGCUUUAGCAUCAUCUGGUUUUGGUGCAUGAGGAGGGCUCUCUGCUUUCCUUUCAAUCCCAUGCCAUGUGUUAAUGCUUUUAAGCUGUACAAACAACUUGCCAGGAGAGAGAGUGCAGAAGGUGAAGCGUCUCCUGCAGCAGUCGGACAUCUCAGUGUUGGGUUGAAAGGUUUCAGACUGGUUUGUUCCUUUGUGUGGCUUCCACUUUGGAAAUAAAGAGCAGCUGGAGUCCUACAGGUAACCUGAAAUCGGAAAAAACUUCAAGACAUUCAAAUCAAGUGCCACUUGCAACAGGGUGAAAGUCAGGAAUGUAGUCCUUGCCAUUAGUGAUUCUGUUAAAACGUUUCAGUUGUGUCUUGCAGCCUGUUAAUAAUUACAUCACUUCAAGAAAUGCUUGGUUGCUCAGCUCUUUUCUCAUGGUUGAGACCUCAAGGACAAUGCUGCUGCUUUUAUUUUCCAGGCCAGCCUGUGUAACAUUCCGUGGGUUCAUGAUGUAUUUUAUCAAUGUAAUGAUCUGUGCAAUAAUUUAACAAGUGUAGAUAAAACCUUUGUUGUUUAAUCCAGGAUCCAUUUAAAGAUACAGUGGUCCUCUUGGAGAAUGGCAGGCUACCCAGGUAUUUCAGUUCUCACCUUUACUUGGGCAAUAUUCAACUUCAGUGACCCUGGUAAGAAAGGUUUGAGAGAUGAGUGAUUUAAACCAAAAUCAAGAAACAUUUGACUGUCCAUUUAUUAUCAGAGUUCAAUUGUAAUGGCUUAGUGACCUCUAGCUGUAGAGCCCUCUUUCAUUUUCAUGCCAGCAGAAUCUUGGUCAGUAUUGGAGUACUGUAUCUUUAAUUUUCCUGGUGUGUUUUUUGUGAAGUUCACAGGAAUGGCAAUUUCAGUGAACACUCCUCAUUGUUCUGUAGAGUGGUACCAGACUCGGACUGCAGUGUCAUCUUUUAAAGAGCAUUAUAAUAAAGCAAAGAGAUAUGGAGCAGAAUGGUGUUUAGCCCUUUUUCAGGAGGCUUAGCUGACUUUAAAUCCCCCAUUAUCAGGGCUUCUCUGGUCUUUUGGGUGAAGGAAGUUAGUUUUUGCUGUGGUUAACAUCAGAGAGUGAGCCCUAAAUGGGGACACUUAAUUAAGAAGGCAGGGAAGUGUUGUUACCAUCUGAGUGUGAAGCUGUCAUGUUGGAGGAGGUGAACUGACAUUAACAGCAUGGCUGCAUGUCCUGAUGUGCUGCUGUCAUGCAUAUUCUUUAUUGCCAGUGUUGAUGACAGAGCCAAAGCCAGGUGCCUCA